AUGGAUGGGGUCGCACCCCGUAACUUGACACCACCACUGCCUGCAAGGACCGACCCCGGCUCUCCGCGGAAUUGCCCUUUGCAGGACCGGGCCGUGCUGCGGCCCUGCCCUCGGUCGCACCGAGGGUUGCGUCCCGCCCGCCCCGCCGGGGCUACCCCGUCCUCACCCCCGCCGGCGACCUCCCGCCGCCAGGGGGCGCGCGUCACCUCCGCGGAGGCCCUCUGCUCGCUCUCCUCUGUCCGCCCAAUCAGCGCUCCGCGUUUCGGCGGGAAGGCGGAAGUGGCGCUGCCGGGCGCGGCCAUGGCGGAGGCGCGGCCGCUGCGGCUGCUGGCACUGCACGGGUACCGGCAGAGCGCCCGCCGCCUCCACCAGCGCACCGGCGCGCUCCGCAAGGCCCUGCGCGGCCGCGCCGAGCUGGUGGCCAUUGACGCGCCGCACCGCUUGCCCGCCGGCGCUGAGGACGACCCCGACGGGGAUGACCCCCCUCGCGGCUGGUGGUUCUCCGGGCCCGGCACGUUCGAGGCGGGCGAAGCGGCCGCGGCUCCGGCGGGGCUGGAGGAGUCUCUGUCGGCCGUGGCGGAGGCGCUGGCGGAGCACGGGCCUUUCGACGGUCUGCUGGGCUUCAGCCAGGGCGCGGCGCUGGCCGCCAUGGUGUGCACCCUGCGGGCCCGCGGCGACCCGCGCUUCCCGGUGGCCUUCGCCGUGCUGGUGGCCGCGUUCGCCAGCCGCGCCCCGGCACACGGACACUUCUACCGGGAGCCCAUCGCCCUGCCCACGCUGCACGUCGUGGGCGACACGGACGCCGUGAUCGCAGCGCCCCUGAGCAGGGAGCUGGCCCAGUGCUUCGUGGAGCCCGUCGUGCUCUCGCACCCCGGCGGGCACUUCAUCCCUGCGGCUGCGGCGCAGAAGAAAGCCUACCUGGAGUUCCUGGAACGCUUCUGCCCCGGGCAGGGCCAGGCCAAGCGCCCAGAGGCUGGGGAGGCUCGAGAACGGGCUCUGUAAUAAAGAAGGGCUCUGGUGAGCCGUGUGCAGCCACCCAUCCUGUGAAACAUCACUGUUUCCAUGUCUCCAGAUGGACCAGAGAACAGCUCACUGCACAUUCUGCUCUUCAGUGUUCACCCAGGCCAGGCUAAAUGGUUCUUUAUCUCCCUUUUUUUCAGCUUUGUUGUAUACAUCAGUAUAAAAUAUGUAUGGGUAUAUAUAUAUGGCUAUAUAUACAUAUGUAUAUCAAGUUAUAUAUAAUGUAUAUAGCAUGUAUGACAUGUAACACAUGAGUGUGACAGUGAGGGGGUUGAAGGCAGGAGGGUGACACUGCUCUGUGGGCAAAGUGCUUUCAGAGACUCCAACACCUGCUCAAAAGGAGAGUUCCUCAGCUCAGCCACAGGACGUAUCUGCAGAGCACAGAGCUCUUGCAGUUUGACACCCCAAAACCUCGUGGGUUUUAAUAUCUCUUAAGCCAAGCUUCCAGCUGGUCUGGGCCUGGAAAACCCUCUCAUCCUUGGCAGUGCCAGGGCUGGUGUUGUUUCAGGAAUGAAAAGCCUGCUGGCUUGGUGUGCAUGUGUUGAAUCUUCCUUGCACAAAGUGCCUCCAUGAACAAGAAAAGCUUGUUGCUGUUUGUGGCUCUGUAUGAUCCAGAAGCACAGGAAAAUCUUUAUUGCUGUAACAGUUGCAGGUGUCCUGCUCAGCUUCUGCCCGCUCAGCACUGGGCAUCAGUCUCAGGAGAGGAGAGCUAGCAGAGCUUCUCUAACCACAGCUUUCCUUGGGGGUGUAGAGCUGGUAAAAGAAGGAAAUUAGGUGACAAAAGUGAAUUUUCCUCCUGUCAGCUGAGUGUCAGCUCUGCGAGGCCGCAGGACACUGCUGCUGAAACCCUUCCUGUGCUUUCUGAGCUGGGAACGGGCCUGGCAGUGCCGAGGGUUAAAGCAGCAUAGGAGGGGUGAGCAUCUCUCAGCCCCAAAGCAGCACUGCAGGAGUGAGCAGCUCUCAGCCCCAGAGCAGCACUGCAGGAGUGAGCAGCUCUCAGCCCCAGAGCAGCACUGCAGGAGUGAGCAGCUCUCAGCCCCAGAGCAGCACUGCAGGAGUGAGCAGCUCUCAGCCCCAGAGCAGCACUGCAGGAGUGAGCAGCUCUCAGCCCCAGAGGAGCACUGCAGGAGUGAGCAGCUCUCAGCCCUAGCGCGUUUUGCCCCGGUUUGCAGCACGGUGGUGAUGCUGGCAGGAGGAUGUGGCUGUUUCCCCGCAGCCCAACCCCGCUCUGCUGUUGCCCUGUGGGGCUGGGGGGACUCGUCUGUGCCACUUCACGUGGGCUGUGUCACAUCUGCUGCGACGGCGUGGGGUGUCUGCACCCCUUGGUGACACCACGGGCUGGGUUUUUGGGGCUGCACGUCCGGCUGCAGCUGUGGCCGAGCACAGCGACCAGCUGUGACAACGCACCGGAGCCUUUGUCCCCGCUCUCCCCCCGCUGCCGGGCAGGGACGGCAGCGGCCGCGCUCGCAGCCCCGGGAGGUGUUUGGUUGUCGCCGAGCUCGCUCCCGGAGCUUUCCCGGCGCGGGGGAGGCACCGCAGCCAUGGCCGCCCGCCCGCACUGCGGCCCCGCAGCCCCGGCAGCUCCUGGCAGGAGGGAAGGAAAGGGAAGAAGCUCAGGGUGCGGUGAGUGACCAGCACGGUCCCAGCUCUGCAGGCAGCUCCCUCGGGUGGGUCGGGGAGGGAUGAGUGAACCGAGCUGGGGUGCUGCGGUUCCUGCCCCUUUCCUGGGGUCUGCAUAAAGAUGGCUCCUGCCGGGUGUCUGCUGUAGCGGUUUAAAUAAAUUAUUAAAACAGAUAAACGCGA